CCUGAAAUUCUGUUACAACACGCUCCACAAUAAUCCACCAUGGUGACCACUGGUGGCGCCAGGCCAUUGGGUUGACAACAUAUACAUCCACGAGGAGGUGCCUUCAAGCUGGAGAGACUCUUGUUGAAUCACAGUGCUGGCAAGGCAAACCGCGUCCAUUCACUUGAGCAUUCUAAGUUUUGUCUGCACAGUCACCUUUAUCUGCCAUUCCAAGCACGCAAAAAAAAGUGCCACCUGCCACAGCUGCACAGGUCAAGAUAGCCGCCCCAGUGACAGCGCUAACAGACUAUUUCAAACAUCUGAAUCUUGCAAGUCGGCAAGAAACACCCAAAUCCAGCCAGUUGAAACAAAAAUUUCUGCAAGGUCCCAAAAGAGAUCCUUGAGUGGAAUGUCAGAUGUGUCUAUAUCCCAGUCCCAGUAAACAAAGGCAUGCUGCCGGCCAUGGGGUGAAAUGCAGAUGUCACAAGCAGCAGAUCAAACAUACUGCCAGUAUUGUCUUGACUGUGAAACCAAGUCAAGAGUCUUGGUUGAGCAAGUCUUGAUAGUACACGAUGUGCCUUGCACACCAGACCACCUCAGUACUAAUGUUGAGAUUCGAGACAUCGUCUGGGAAGAUGUGUUCUUGAGAGGAAGCUUCUUAGGAGAUGCAGCAGAACUCCACAAUGAUAGACACCACCUAAAGAAAAGAUUGGACAGCACAAGUACACACCCCGACUUUGGGCAAAAGACUUUGCGCAUAGUGCAGAAUUUUAGCUUGAAUAACCCCCCUCUGGAUUGUGCCUCUUCACAUAUCCAGCUCUUAACAGUUUCAGGCACAGGGCUAAGGAGCCUUACACUCCCUUGCCGCAUCAAAAAUGCCUCCUCCUUUGGGUCAUCCUAAUAAAGGAAAAGAGAGAAUACCCCUGGCCGAUGCAAAGAGUGCAAUCUUUGCUGGCGAUUGAUUGACGCGCCAACAGGGCAAACACAGAACAGAUCUUGGUGAUGAUUUGCAGAUGAUGGUCUGAUUGAGGUGAUCUCAUCGCCAGCUUGGCAGCCAGCAAUGGGGCUCAGAUGCUCAGGCUGAUGCUGAAGCGGAUGUUGCACAGGGUGGGCGAAGGGGUCUUGAAUAGCUCUGCCAAUUCCUCAUCUCCAGGGCC